AUGGAUUUCUCUGACAGAAGCUUCCAAAGAAGCCUGAGUUCCUCCUCAGAGAGCACUGCAAUCAACGUGAGUGGCAACAUGUAUAAGAAGGGGGGCAAUCAGCACCUGAGGGUGGUACUCAGUGUCUAUGGGGGAUUUGGGGGCCACGGCACCCGCAUCUCGAACUCCAGACACUGGGUGAACUAUGGAAAUGGUGACCUGCUUUUUGGCAAUGAGAAGACGACCAUGCAGAACCUAAAUGACCGCCUAGCAAGCCACCUAGAAAAAGUGCGGACCCUGGAGCAAUUUAACUCCAAACUUGAGUUAAAGAUCAAGCGGUGGUAUGAAAAAGACGCGCCCAGCACCAAUUGGGACUACAGUGCAUAUUAUAGACAAAUCAAAGAGCCGAAAAAUCAGAUUAAAGAGGCUCAACAAGAAAAAGCUCGACGUGUCCUGAAAGUUGACAACAAUACUAAACUAGCCGCUGAGGACUUCAGACUGAAGUAUGAGACUGAAGGAGGGAUGCACCUGGCCAUGGAGGCUGAUCUCCAAGUGUCUAACGUCUUUGAUGAUCUAACCCUAUAUAAAACAGACUUGGAGAUUCAAAUUGAACAACUGAAUAAAGAACUGGUUAUCCUCAAAAAAGAACAUCAGGAGGAAGUAGAUGGCCUAUGCAAACAGCUGGGCAACACUGUCAAUGUUCAGCUGAAUGCUGUUCCAGGCCAGAGUCUCAGUGCCAUCAUAGAUGAAAUUAGGCAGAGAUAUGAAGCGUUGGCCCAGGAGAACCUUCAGAAGGCCAAAGAACAGUUUAAAAUACAGACUGAAACUCUGCAGUAACAAGUCACAGUGAACGUUGCAGAUUUAAAAGACAUUGAGAUCCAACUAAAGAAGCUGAGCCGCACCUACCAGAACUUGAGCUUAAACCUCAAGUCCCAUCUCAGCAUGAAAGACUCUUUGGAGCAUACACUGCAGGAUACCAAAGCCCGUUAUCAUAGACAGCUGGCCGCCGUCCAGGAACUGCUAAACACUCUAAAGGCCCAAAUGAUGCAGGUACGGACUGAUGCAGAACACCAGAACAAAGAAUUCGAUGCUCUGCUUGACAUAAAGACCCAGCUUGAGCAGGAAAUUGCUACUUACCGUCGCUUUCUGGAAGGAGAAGGUAUGAGCACUACAGAAUAUCAGAUAAGCAUCUUGGAGGACAGAGAGAUAAAGAAAACCAGGAAGAUUAAGACAGUCAUGCAAGAAGUAGUGGACGGCAAGGUUGUGACAUCUGAAAUCAAAGACAUGGAAUCUGUGUAA